UCUGAAUCUAGCAAACACGAUCUGAUAGCAUUUUUUACGAUUCCGAGUUCAGUUUUGUCUGACCUGAAAUUAAACAAGGAUGACCAAGGUGGAUGAAGUGGCGACAGUUUCUAGGUAACUGUGCGACAAUUUGAAGGAAAAAAAAAACAUUUUGUAAGUAAUUGCACGGCAAGUGGGAGGCAAGAAAAGUCAACAAAGAUAUGAUUGGUUUCAAAUUAAAGCUAAAGCUCAAACAGAUUAGAUAAGACUUUCAGAAUGAUAUAUACACACAAGAUCUGAGAGAUUUUUUUUCAAGACUCUGAGUUUUAGUUUUGUGAACCUGAAAUUUUUAAAAAAAAAAAAAAAGAAUGAACAAGGCGGUUGAAUUGCCGCUAAGUGGUUUUGUAGGAGCUGUUGUCUCUCAGCUCCUGACAACAGUGAUUGCAGAGGCGAAGCUAGUGUGUGAUUUCAAAUCUGUGUCUGAGGAUCUCGCAACGACUAUGGAUGAAUUGGUCCCGAUAGUCAGAGAGAUCGAAUCGAUACUAGACGUUGGGGAACUAAAGACUCUCGAGGAUACGAUCGGUGAGGCUCAAGUGUUGGUUCAGGAAUGUAAAGGCGUCAAGAAGUGGGAGAUACACUUAAAUUCUUAUUAUACAAGAAGAGUUAACAAAGUCAACAAGAAGAUGGUCAAGUUCUGUCAAGUUCAACUACAGCUAAUUAUGCGUAGGGACCAAGGGAUGUACUUUACACACACGCUUGUUGCCAUGAAUAGCUGUGUCCAAACCAUCUGUAAGAGGUUCGAUGAUCUUCUGGAUGUUCGUCCGCGCGUUUACAGAAACCUUUGUUCAGUUCCCAAACUUGAUAAUAAGAAUCAUGUUGGACUGGAUUUGCCAUUGAUGAUGCUUCAAAAGAAGGUCGUUGAUGAUGAUUCCCUGGGCAGUCUUCUGGUCUCUGCCCCUCCUGGGUGCGGUAAGACCACGCUUGUUACUAAACUUUGCCACCACCAAGCCGUCAAAGAUAAGUUCACAAUCUUGUAUAGCGUUGUGUCAAGUAUUCCUAACUUUAGGGUGAUAGUACAAAACUUACUCCAGCACAAUGGUUACGAAGCAGUUACGUUUGAGAACAAUCCUCAAGCAGCUAAUGCCUUAAAAGAUCUCAUUGAGGAACUCACAGAAGACGGUCCUAUAUUGUUGGUGUUGGAUGAUGUGUGGCAUGGAGCGCAUGAUUUUCUUAAGUAUUUUCAGUUCAAGUUACCAGGUUAUAGGGUUUUGGUGACUUCUCGGUCGUCUGACUUACCAGGUUUUGAUUACACUUAUACUUUACAACCUUUGAAUGAAAAAGAUGCUAAAGACCUUCUCGUUCGCGUCGCACCGCUGCCUUUUAACGCGUCUCAAGCUGAGUAUGAUCAACUUCUCCCAAAGAUAUUGAAACGUUGCAAUGGACUUCCACUACUAAUUGAAGUAAUUGGCGUUUCACUUAAAGACAAAAGUCUUUUUUUAUGGAAAUGUCAGGUGGAAAGCUGGUCUGAAAAGGAAACAAUUCUCGAUGGUGUGCUACAACUUCUGCUGCCUAGCUUCACUACCCUAGAAAAGCAUCUUAAAGACUGUUUCAUGGACAUGGGUUCGUUUCUUGAGGACCAUAAGAUACGUGCUUCCGUAAUAAUUGACAUAUGGGUGGAACUAUAUGGUAAAGGUACUACUAGUAGUAGUUUCGCGUACAUGAAAUACCUCCAUGACCUUGCUUCCAAGAACCUGCUUAAACUUAUUCCUCUCGGAAGAAAUGAGGAUGAAGAUGGUUUCUUCAAUGAGCUCGUUGUCACUCAACAUGAUGUCCUGAGGGAGCUUGCUAUCCAUCAAAGCGAAUCAGAACCAAUCAUGGAAAGAAAAAGACUCAGUUUAGUGAUACAAGAAGAUAACUAUCCUGACGACUUGUCUUUGAGUCAAAGAGAGUCUGCCCGCUUCCUUUCUAUCUCUACAGAUGAUUUGUUCUCAUCGAGUUGGGAGGAAAUGAAUUUAUUCCAGUUCCCCAAUGUUAAGGCUUUACUUCUUAACAUCUCUUCAUCAAACUAUGCACUACCAAGCUUCAUUUCUACAAUGAAGAAACUCAAGGUUGUGAUUAUCAUAAAUCGCGGUUCUGAUCUUGCAACAUUGACCAACUUGUCUUAUCUCAGCUCGUUAAAGAACCUCAAACGGAUCAGAGUAGAGAAAGUUUCAAUCACUUUCCUGGACAUUCUCCAGUUGCAACUCGGCAGCCUCAAGAAGCUGUCUUUGUUCAUGUGUUGUUUCGGUGAGGUUUCUCAUGACAAAAUUGAAAUAGAUGUCUCUAAAACUCUAUCGAGCUUACAAGAGAUUGACAUAGACUAUUGUUAUGAUCUCAAGAAGUUACCUAACUGGAUAUGUGAAGCCGUUUCAUUGGAGAGACUUAGCAUCACAAACUGUCAUAAGCUCUCUAUGCUUCCAGAAGCUAUAGGCAGCUUGAGUAAGUUGGAAGUGCUGAGGUUGUGUUCUUGUAUUAAUCUCACCGAGCUGCCUAAAACCACUGCGAGACUGAACAACUUGCAGUUUUUGGAUAUUUCUCAUUGCUUAGGAUUGAGAAAGUUGCCUCUAGAGAUUGGGAGACUGCAGAAGCUGAAGAAGAUCUACAUGAACAAGUGUUGGAAAUGUGAACUGCCGGAUUCAGUGAGAAAUCUAGAGAAUCUGGAGGUGAAAUGCGAUGAAGAAACUAAGUCGAUCUUGUGGGAAGUUUUAGAGGAAAAAAUGAUAAACUUGACAGUUCAAGAGGAGGAAACAGAGCACAACCUCAACUUGCUUCACAUGUUUAAGUUGUGAGUGAAAGAACAUUGUCACUAGCUUGUGUGUGUCUUGUAAUGUUGUUUAUUCAUCUCAUCAUCCAAACGCAAAUAUAAGUAAUGCUGUAUGCUUCUGUUUUUCAUUAAUAAAACAGUAUACAUUACAUAUAUGAUUCUGAGUUUUCAUCGAUGUAAAUCUACUUCACUACAAUUUAGUUUCGAUAAUUUUUUUCAUUGCUA